ACUGCUUGCUUUCCUACCUUCUCUCAAUUGAAAGAAACAAGACCCGCAACAGAAGCAGAUCGUCAAAGUACAUCACGGGUAUGAAAUCUAUUCACAGACUGCAAGUUUAGCUUCCCUUUUCAUAACUACACUUGCCCAAGUAACAAGGCAUGUGAAAAGGACACUAAAGCCCAGGUAGAUCAUUUCCAAUGGAGUCUUGCAACUGCAUUGAGCCACAGUGGCCGGCUGAUGAACUCUUGAUCAAAUAUCAAUAUAUUUCAGAUUUCUUUAUUGCACUGGCCUACUUCUCUAUUCCUCUAGAGCUCAUUUACUUUGUCAAAAAAUCUGCUGUGUUUCCAUAUAGAUGGGUCCUUGUGCAAUUUGGGGCUUUUAUAGUGUUGUGUGGGGCAACUCAUCUGAUAAACUUGUGGACUUUUACGAUGCAUACACGAACUGUGGCCAUAGUAAUGACCACAGCAAAAGUUUUCACUGCUGUGGUGUCAUGUGCAACUGCUCUGAUGCUUGUACAUAUUAUUCCUGAUCUAUUAAGUGUUAAAACAAGAGAAUUAUUUUUGAAAAAUAAGGCUGCGGAGCUUGAUAGAGAAAUGGGUCUGAUUCGCACACAGGAAGAGACAGGAAGACAUGUUAGGAUGCUAACUCAUGAGAUCAGAAGCACUCUUGAUCGGCACACUAUACUGAAAACCACUCUUGUGGAGUUGGGAAGAACUUUGGCAUUAGAAGAGUGUGCCUUGUGGAUGCCAACACGAACUGGGUUAGAGCUUCAACUGUCAUACACUCUUCGUCAACAAAAUCCAGUUGGAUAUACUGUACCCAUCCAGCUUCCUGUCAUCAGUCAAGUAUUUAGUACCAAUCAUGCUGUAAAAAUAUCACCUAAUAGUCCCGUGGCAAAAUUGAGGCCUAUUGCAGGGAAGUACGUGCCAGGAGAGGUGGUGGCUGUGCGUGUCCCCCUCCUACAUCUUUCUAAUUUCCAAAUUAAUGAUUGGCCUGAGCUUUCAAGUUCAACAAAACGCUAUGCCUUGAUGGUUUUGAUGCUUCCCUCAGAUAGUGCAAGACAGUGGCAUGUUCAUGAGUUGGAGCUUGUUGAAGUAGUUGCUGAUCAGGUGGCGGUUGCUCUUUCACAUGCUGCGAUCCUAGAGGAGUCAAUGAGGGCUAGAGAUCUUCUUAUGGAGCAGAAUGUUGCACUUGAUCUGGCCAGAAGAGAAGCAGAAACAGCAAUUCGUGCUCGUAAUGAUUUCUUGGCAGUUAUGAACCAUGAAAUGAGAACCCCAAUGCACGCAAUUAUUGCUCUUGCUUCCUUGCUUCAGGAAACUGAUUUGACACCAGAGCAACGUCUGAUGGUUGAAACAAUUCUUAAAAGCAGUAGCCUUUUGGCUACCCUGAUAAAUGAUGUAUUGGAUCUCUCAAGGCUUGAAGAUGGAAGCCUUCAGCUUGAACUUGGAACUUUUAAUCUUCAUUCUGUUUUCAGGGAGGUUCUCAACUUAGUGAAGCCCAUUGUGUCUGUUAAAAAGUUACUUGUUACACUGAAUUUGGCCCCAGAUGUACCGGAAUACGCCAUUGGUGAUGAGAAGCGCCUGAUGCAAACAAUUUUGAAUGUUGUCGGGAAUGCUGUGAAGUUCUCAAAGGAGGGCAGCAUCACAAUUACUGCCUUUGUGGCAAAGUCAGAAUCUUUAAGAGAUACGCGAGCCCCUGACUUUUUCCCCAUUCCAAGUGAUAAUCACUUUUAUUUGCAUGUACAGGUGAAAGAUUCAGGUGCAGGAAUUAGCCCCCAAGAUAUUCCCAAGUUAUUUACCAAAUUUGCACAAACCCAAUCAACCAAAAAUUCUGGUGGUAGUGGGCUUGGCCUUGCGAUUUGUAAGAGGUUUGUAAACCUUAUGGAGGGGAAUAUUUGGAUUGAGAGUGAUGGCAUUGGCAAGGGAUGUACUGCUAUCUUCCUUGUAAAGCUUGGGAUCCCGGAGCGCUUGAAUGAAUCUAAAUUCCCCUUCAUGCCUAAAGUACUGGCCACUCAUGGGCAGGCAAAUUUUCCUGGGCUCAAAGUUCUGGUUAUGGAUGAAAAUGGGGUUAGUAGGAUGGUGACAAAGGGACUUUUAGUUAAUCUAGGAUGUGAUGUAACAACUGUAAGCUCUGGUGAAGAGUGUUUGCGCAUGGUUUCUCUUGAGCACAAGGUCGUGCUGAUGGAUGUAUGUGUGCCUGGUAAGGAUGGUUAUGAAAUUGCUAUCCGAAUACACGAAAAGUUUACAAAACGACAUGAAAGGCCACUGAUCGUUGCACUUACUGGCAACACCGAGGUCACAAAGGACAACUGCAUGAGGGUUGGAAUGGACGGUGUCAUAUUGAAGCCCAUUUCACUCGAUAAAAUGAGGGGAGUCUUGUCAGAUCUUUUGGAGCACCGAGUUCUUUUUGAGGCCAUGUGACCACGAAGAAACCCAGUUAGUCAUAAUAAAGUCGAAACUUAAGAAAGUGGAGUUAAUUGUUUGUACAUAGCAUGCUGAAUUUCAGUGCAAUGAAUGGGGCACCAUGAUGUGGAUAAGACGUAUGUCAUGCCAGGUGCAUUUUGGUAUGUCUUGCUUUGUGCAACUCGUUAUAAAAGUGCAGUUGCAAGAAAUGGUAGCUUUCUGGGGAAAUUUAACGCGAGACCAUGGGAUCAAGCUUUGUUAAAGGUUGGUAGGUGGGAAAGGAGGAGGUAAAAAACCCAAAAAAAAAAGAAAAAAACUUUGUUGCAAGCUUAUUUGCAGAUGAAAGUUCAGACUGCUGGUGACUUCUGUAUAAGUGACGAUGUCAAGUUAAUAUAGUCCCUUAAUUCGA